GCAGUCGGUUGGUAGUGAAGAGUGAGCUGUGUGGUCGGAUGGUCGUUUUCCUGUUCCUUUGCUGUGUCGGCCAGAGUCGUCUCAGCGUAGUGACACAUGCACGAUGAGGGGACUUCCUGCUCUGUUGUUAAUGCCUACCACGUUCAAGUUUGUUCUGAUUUGCGGUUUUUAAUUAAAGGAGUGGAUUUAAUUACUGUGCUGGAUUGUGAUUGUUGUGAAAACACCUUCUGUACGAUGUGCUGUGAUUUGAUAGCGGAUAUGUUAUUUAGGUUUUGUGUUGUGUGUGUCUAGGACAUUUUAACAUAUUUCUUGUAGACUCUUAUCUGCGUGUCAAUUUAAUAUUUUUUUUAAAAUAAUCGAACUUUUAUUACAAUUCUUCGACAACUGCUGGAGGAGUGUGUACGUGAAUCAGGCGCUAUAAUACAAGUUAGACUGUUUUUUUUAUGCAGCAAAAAGCUAACUUUGUAAUUAAUUUGUUUCGUAACUAAUCUUAAUGUUAAAGUAUUUCUGAAGGUUGUUUGUUUAGUGACGUCAAAUUUGUAACGUCCCUGGUUGCUAAGACAAACUUCUUACUGUUGUCUGGAUACAACUUUGCGGGGAAUGAGGUGAUGAUUUGUGGUGGUUUUAGUGUGAAGUGUAAUUAAAUGGUAAUUAUGCAAGAAAGAACACAAGGCUACAGGGCUCAGCCGCCAAUAGCAGUGGCUGCUGGAUGGUUUGCGUCUUUGAAACGACCCAUCAGAAGAAGCCGGGGUCGUUCCGGUUCCAAUUCGUCCUUGCCUCCCGCUCCUGGUCGCCUCCUGGCGCGCUCUGCAUGGGAUUUAUCCACGUCGCGAUCGCAACUCAAGGAUGCUCUCGGUGAAGUUGUUGCGGAAAUGGAGAAUAUGGAUACAGCAGAUGAGGGUAAGAACAAUACAAAGGCUAAACAGAUGUCCAUAGGACGAAAGAAAUUCAACAUGGACCCAAAGAAGGGGAUCGAGUACCUGAUUGAGCACGGCCUGUUGAAAAGUACCGCGGAGGACGUGGCCCAGUUCCUCUAUAAGGGCGAAGGGUUGAACAAGACUGCCAUCGGAGACUACCUCGGUGAGAAGAAUGACUUCAACGAGAAAGUUCUAAAAGCAUUCGUUGAGCUCCAUGAUUUCACAGAUCUCAUUCUGGUGCAAGCCUUACGUCAGUUUCUAUGGAGUUUUCGUCUGCCCGGCGAAGCCCAGAAAAUAGAUCGUAUGAUGGAGUGUUUUGCACAAAGAUACUGCCAGCUCAAUCCUAAUAUUUUCACAAAUACAGACACGUGCUAUGUACUGUCUUUUGCUAUCAUUAUGCUGAACACAAGUUUACAUAACCCUAGUGUAAAAGACAAGCCUACCGUAGAGCAGUUUAUAUCUAUGAAUCGAGGCAUCAAUAACGGUGGGGACUUGCCUCAGGAGCUGCUUGUUAGUUUGUAUGAGAGUAUAAAGACUGAGCCAUUCAAAAUCCCAGAGGAUGAUGGCAAUGACCUUAUGCAUACAUUUUUCAAUCCUGAUAAAGAGGGCUGGUUGUGGAAACAGGGUGGACGUUACAAGAGCUGGAAAAGGCGAUGGUUCAUCUUGAAUGACAACUGCCUAUACUACUUUGAAUACACAACAGACAAGGAACCUCGAGGUAUUAUCCCCCUAGAGAAUAUUCAAGUUCGAGAAGUAAGUGAUCGACAUAAACACCACUGUUUCGAGCUGUAUGCCAGUGGCUCAGAAUUCAUCAAAGCCUGCAAGACAGACAGUGAAGGCAAAGUGGUUGAAGGUAAACACACAGUUUAUCGAAUGUCUGCCGCCACACCAGAAGAGAAAGAUGAAUGGAUCAAAUGUGUCAGGCAAAGCAUCAGUCAUAACCCUUUCUAUGAUAUGCUGGCUGCUCGCAAAAAGAAAGCGCAGAAGACAAGUACUCACCAUCACCACCACUCCAAAAGUUAAAAUUUAUUUGAUAUUUGACUCUGUAAUUAAUUAUUACAUAGCAACUAAUGUACGCAAGAACAGGACUUCACUGAAUUUGAAUCAUACAUCUUCCAGUUUUUAAAUGUUGCUCGUUAGAUUCUAAUUUGUUGUUUCCACUUCAUUUCUUAGUUAGUGUCUCGAAAUCUGUCACCGAUAUUGACUAUAACAAUAGUGUGUUUCUAAAGCGGCGCAUCCACGUACGAAUCUGACUUGCAAGCCUGGCUCGGCGAGCUUGACUCGUGAGCCGAGCUCGGAUAUAUUUCACCACACGCAUAGCAGACUUGGCUCGUGACACCCCACCCACAAACGAGUUUGGCCCGAUGGAACCCAAGCCGAGCCAGACUCGUACGUGGAUGGGCCGCUUAAGGUUUGUACCAGCAUUGUAUGUAUGUGUGCGUGUGUGCGCCGUUAAAAUUCACGAAACCGUGAAUUAAGCGUCACCAGCCGAGCGUGUGAAUGUGUAACGUACUGAAUGAUGACUGAUGUGACCAGACUGUAAAUAGGAUUAUUUUAAUUAAAUAUUAUCUAUAUACACACACAUAUAUAUAUUCUUACUGAUGAAAGAAGUGAUUUGUGGUAUUUAUUAUACAUUGCAGAACAUCAGAUUGCCAAAUAAAUUUGUAUUUUGUGUGUUAAAAUGCUGUACAUUAUAUAUUAAUGUGCAUUUAUUUGGCAGACAUACAAGGCCCAGAUGAACUGAAAAGAGUAGCAGAUAUAGUUUUGUGCAAUGUAUCUAGUGUACAUACAUUUGAUCAAAAUAGGCAGCGAUGCUUUAAUUUUAAUAUAGUUACAGUAUUGACUUCACUUUCCAGUAAAAGUAACUUAGAUAAUGUA